AUGAUGUCAAACUUGACCCAAGAAAAAGUGGACCAAGUUAGGUUAAAAAAAGGAGUAAGGGAUUCAAUAAUUUAUGUUUUCCAUGAACAAGGCGAACCAGAAGAUACUUCUGGAGACAACAUCGAUGCACAAGUUCCUAAGAUAGACAAAUUAGCUACUAGAGAUAAUUUUUAUGGUUCUUCACGCAAUAUCAUAGAGUAUUUUGACAAUGUAGGUCAGUUGGUUAUGGGUAGAGCAGAUGACACAGAUCUAUUCGAAGGGUUUGGUGUCAAAAACUUUUUAGAGGAGGAUGUGAUGAAUGAUAAGUCGACAAAGGGCAUAGAUGAAGGUGAUGAAGCUUCUAAAAAUAGUUCCAAGAUGGUGGAGAUCAAUACUGAAGUUAGUGAUUUUUUGGUAAGGAAUGGGAAUGACGAAUAG